CUGGAUAAUUCAGAUUAGUUACAAAUGGAGCAGAUUGUAACAGAUUUUCAUUGACUGCAAACAAAACGCUCUGAUCGAGAGGCAGGAUGGAAUGGCAGGGGGACCUUCCACAGGAUCAUGCCUUUGUAGAGCUCCUGCUUCCUGGGCUUCCCAGCGAGCUGGAUAUCCAACAGCUGCUCCGAGACACAGAGGACAAACUCAAACUCAAUGCCUGCAGUAUAGAACAGAGUCUGAAGGAACUGCAGGGGAAGAUGGGUGAGUCCUGGACGGGGGAGCGUCCACCCACCCCCACGGAAUGUCUGCAGUGGUUUAACCCACGGAACCCCAGCACCGUCAGGCCUGUCGCCACAGGAAACCAGGAACUCAUGGAUUUCCUGAAAGCUCUGCUCCAGUACCUUAGGACCGAGGAGGAGGGGCGAGAGGACGUGACCCUCCAGCUGCUCCACAACAUCUCCUCCCAGUGUGGUGUGUCCUUCCCCAAAACCACCCCCUCGACCACCCCCCAGCAGCCCGGCCCCUCGGCACACACCUCGGUCCACACGGUCAGGGACGACAGUGCUCUGGAGAGCCAUGAGGUGUGGGAUGAGGUAAGGCUCCGGCUGCGGCGCCACCUGCUGGACAGACUUUCCUGUCCCCUCCCCGUCCCUCAGCGCAUCUACUGUCUGCAGCAGCUGUUCUUCCUCUACCCAGAGUGGGAGGUGCUGACGCUCUACCAGGGCCUGAGGAGCCAGGCUGUCCUGUCUCUGCUCCACUCUGCCCUGGCCUCCAGCCCCGGUGUGAAGGAGACGGGCUUCGACAGGCUGGCCCUGGGGCUCCGUGCUGCCGCCCCAGCCCUGUGCUCGGCCCUCAGGGAGGAGCUCCAGGUCCUCAAUGGGGUGGCCAAGCCCCACACCAUUCUGGGUUUCCUGAAUGCUGCCUACCUGAACACUGUGUCCCAGGAGCUGGGCGCCAUGAUGGAGAGAGAGUGUGAGAACGCCCUAAAGGACAACACUACGCUGAGCGGUGUCAAGGGGAGGAAGAGCUCGGCCAGGACCAAGGCUACUGUAGCGCCUCUGGAGCUGCCCCCCAGGAGAGACAGGAACUUCAGCCUAACAUCUCACCAGCUGAGGGUCCUGACCCAGCUAGCCUGCACUCUGCUGGGCCUGGAGAGCCAAGUGGACGAGCUGGCCACUCAACUGGCAUUCAUCAACUGUGCUGGGGAGACUCCCUGCAGUGUGAGAGGAAUAUUGAAAAAGACCAAAGACGACUUGGAUACGACCACUGUCGAUGGUAGCAAGACCACGGCAGAGACGCUCUUCCAGAGUCCGGAGGCCAUUGUUCUGGAGUUUGAUUGGAGGACUGCUUUCAGGAAGCUGGUGCCCCAUAUGGCUCACUGUGUCAAGGUGGUGCUGGAGGAUGUGUGCACCAAGAGUCUGCAGCAGGAGGAGCUGUCACACACAUCUGGCUCCGCCCACGUGGUCCUGACUAGCACACCCCACGGAGAUGACUCCUCCCUCACCUGCCCAGAGAGGGACCGCCCCAAGAUGGUCGCCAAGUUCUGUGGCGACAUCAUGGGGGAGUGUGAUGCCCUCCUGCCCCUGGCGGAGGCGUGUGGAGAUGCCGCCCUCCUGGAGGUGCGCUGCAGCUUCGUGGAGGUGUGUGCCUGGGUCACGUCUGCCAUCCUGGGGCGUGUGGAGGAACGGGCAGGGGAGGUGCCCUCUGCUGCCCCCUUGAAGAACCUUAUUGCUCUGCUGGGCACCAGUAUGUACAUCCACCAACGGCUGUGUCACUAUGAGGCCCAACUCAGAAAGACUAACCCCACCGCAGCCAGAGUCCCCAUGACACUGCUGCCCAUCCAGAGGUACCAGGAUGUGACGGAGGGCCUGAGAGAGCAGCUGACCAGCUACUGUGUCCAGGUGUGCACCAGCACUAUCCUGCAAGACGCAGAGAGCCACCACUGGGCUGACCCCAAACCCUUCUACGAGGGUGAUAGGUGUUCAUUCUCAGUGCAGAUGUGGCACUACUUCCUGACUGGGCUGCGUACUGACCUGUGGUUGGCUGUGCCAGGCUCUGUGGGGCGGGACGUGCUUGCUCAGGUGACCAGUGAGAGUCUGCAGGUUCUGGUGCAGAGGUACUCCAGGGCACGGCCCUCCUACAAGAGGCACCUACAGAUCAGGUGUGACAUCACGGUGGUGCUGCUGUGUGUGGAGCAGCUCAUGUGGAGUGUGUGUGAGCGGCCUGAGGCGCUGGCUCAGUCAGAGCCAUCGGUGGCGGGCUGCGUCUGGGUCGCCUCAAUCCACAGCCUGUGUGACCAGCUCCUGACCACGCUGGUCAUCGUGACAGCACCCCUGCCUCAGCUCUACUGGACUUUCCAGUACAGACCUGGAGAGGGCUCUGCGCCAGCUCUGGCCCAUUCCCCAGGCAGCCCUGGCAUACACUGGCUCAGUGCCAUCCACCCUGGCCUGUUCACCCAGCAGGCAGCACGGGAGGGCCUGGCGGGCGAAGCGACCUCCGAGUGCCAGCUGAGGCUGCUGACCUCUGACCCAAGAUGCAGUCCCAGGUUGCUGCUGACCGCCAUCCUGCACAGAGACUGUCACCUGCUGCGAGUCCUCCUGGAACACUCCCAUUUCUGCAUGGAGGAGGAGGCCGAUGCUGAUGCUGUGUCUCCUGUGAAGAGCGAUGCUGGAGAUGAGUUUAUGGAGGCUGUGUACAACGUGCUCAGCUCUCUGAACAAUGUCCCUAAAGCCCUGACACUGGCCCUGGAGACUUACUUUGACAGAGGACACUUAUGGGACUAUCUAUACAGUCCGGCAGAUUCAGUGCGGCCUGUCCCCGUGGUGAUCAGCUUUAUCCGGGCAGUGGUCAACCAGCCUGUCCACUGUCUUCUGGGCCAUCUGGUCACCAUGGUACUGGCUUGGCAGGCCUCUGAGGAUCCCUGUUCCUCCCUGCUCAGACGGGACGUCCCAGACAACAUCCUCACUAAAGUCCCCAAGGAGUGGAGUUAUACCCUUCAGACACCCAAGGGGAGGGAAUCAGCUAAGAGUGUGGUGAAUCUGGCCCUCCAGGCCCUCUCCUUCAUCUACACCAACCUGCCCUCGGCCGUGGCUUCCCUCCCUCUGCCAGUACGCUUCCUCUUCCACACCGCAGAGAAACACCUUUCCCAGCAUGCUCGGCAGCUGCGCUCCACAGGCCUGCUCCUCUGGGCCCUCCUUAGCUGUCUCUGCCAGUGCCUGGAGGACCCCAACUCACUGGAGCUGCUGUGCGGCUUGCCUUUGGAUAGGGGGGCCAAGGAGAGACUGGCCCUGCUGUCAGAGUGCCUCCAGGGGACCAUGGGCCAGGGCCAGCAGAAGGGUGUGCCCAAGCCCACUGUGCACAAGGUACUGCAGGCUCUGGAGGAGAGGAGGCCCAAGUGGUGCUCCAUGCAGCUGCAGAAGGCCCGCAAGCUCUGCUCCGAGAGUGCGUUUGAGUGGGGCGAGAGUGGUGUUCCACAGGAGGGGGGCGGCGGCGGUGUGGCUGAGGCGACUGAGCAGAAAAUAGGGCUGAUACUCCUGGAGAUUUGCCACAAACCAGGUGGCUCCGAGUACCUGAGGCAAAUCUAUCAUAUCAUCCAAGUCAAUGAGCCACUGUUGAGGUCCAAGCUGUGUGUUCCCAGUGACCCCCCAAUUGACUCUCCUCAGACAGUGACCUUUGACCUGGGAACAGACAGCUCUGGUCACCCCUCACCCCGGUUCAACCCCCUCCACCAGUUUGACCACAUCGGCAGCAACAAGUUAGACCAGGCAGCCGUGGGAGACUGGGCCUGGGACUGGGCCACACUGCUGCCAACUUACCAGGGGAUGAGUCAGGUGACCUUGAGAGCACUCCUGGUCAACAGGUGGGAGAUGCAGUAUGGUGCAGUUCUGGAAGAUGAAGAGAAGCCUCUGGUGGAGGAGCUGCAGAAAGCCUACUUCAACCAGAGCCCUGGAUCCCAAGGCGCCCCCCCCCCACCUCCAGAGUCACCCAGGCAGCACCAGGAUGAACAGCAUGCAGCAGCAAACAUCAUCAAUUAAAUCUGCUGCACUCUUUCCUCCAAAAGGCCCUUUGUGUUAAACGAGAAACAUUGUAACGUCUGUGCAGUACAGCUAAGGGAGAAGCUGUGUGUGUGCGUGCGUGUGUGUGUGCGUGUGCGUGUGCGUGUGCGUGUGUGUGUGUGUGUGUGUGUGUGUGUGUGUGUGUGUGUGUGUGUGUGUGUGUGUGUGUGUGUGUGUGUGUGUGUGUGUGUGUGUGUGUGUGUACGUUACUUUCAAAAUGUUAUCCGUUACUAGUUACCUGUCCAAAGUUGUAAUGAGUAACGCAACUUUUGGAUUACCCACUAGGCAGGGUAGCCUAGUGGUUCGAGCGUUGGACUAGUAACCGGAAUGUUGCAAGUUCAAACCCCCAAGCUGACAAGGUACAAAUCUGUUGUUCUGCCCCUGAACAGGCAGUUAACCCACUGUUCCUAGGCCAUCAUUGAAAAUAAGAAUUUGUUCUUAACUGACUUGCCUAGUUUAACAAAGGUAAAAUAAAAUAAAAAAUCUUUUGGAUUACUUUCCAUGUUGCCCUUUACACUCAUACCCGUAUAGGGAGUGACAAUUGCAGAUUUUUAACAAGUGCCUAAAUUGGAAUGUACAGUAAAAUGCAGUAAAAUGCUAUACAUGAUUACAGAGCUCUGGAUCUGGCACAGUAUAGGGUUUGACUGACAGCUGUUCUGAAUUUGAGCUUUGCGCAUGACAAGAAUUUUCCCCCAUCCCUCCCAGUAAUCGGGCACAAUUUGCAACGUUUUUGUUGUCUGAGUGAGCGAAAUGCUGUAAAUUAAAAUGACUCGAUGUAUUUUGAAAGAUGAGACGUUGAGGAUUAGAAUAAAUACCACUUUGAUAUCAUACAAGCACCUCGCAUUUCCAAAUCACGAUCCCCAUGUUUGAUGUACAGUUAGAAUAUAACAUGGCGUCACACCCCUGGGUUGUUCUGAACAGAAUGAGCUUAUGUUUGUUUAUUGUGAAGGACAUAUGCCGCGGAAACACGCACCUAAAUGCACUCAUGACUCAUUUUUAUGCACACCAAAAUUACGAUAUUUUUCCUCUGAAUUACCCCGUGAAAGCCUAACACUGUAACAUCGUAUUUUAUAACGUGAGUGUGAAGGGUUUUAAGAGGCAUUAGAAGAAAAAAAGGAUCCAUCAAAUGCGUUUGGUGUGCCAUCGUAGUGGCCUCUGACUUGUGGUCAGACUCCCUCAGGUGGAUCAAACUUAAUCUUGAGCAUUUUUUUCUUUCAAUGCUGAGUUGAAUGUCAUUGAGAAAAGAGAAAGGUGUCAUUAUGUAUUUUCUGAAUUUAAAAGUAAUCCAAGAAGUAAUCAUGUAUUUUUUCAAAAGUAUCUGUAAUCUGAUGUUGCUAACGUUGCUGAUUGCAGUUAGUUAUAAAAAAGAAAAGAAAUGACAUGUAACCGAUUGCAUGUAAUCGGUUACUUCCAAU